CACAGAGUGAUCAAUUGGAGGUCUUCUAUUCAACUCCAUCUCGGUAUGUUGAUGCUAUCAACAAGUUGAACAAAACAUGGACUCUGAAAACUGAUGAUUUCUUUCCGUACUCUGACAACCCUUUCUCAUAUUGGACAGGUUAUUACAGCAGUAGACCAGGACUGAAGGCAUACGGAAGGGAAAUGAACAGUCUUCUACAGUCGUGUAAAGCAGUUCGAGGUACUAGAUGAAGGCCUGGGACUCUGGAAAUACACCAAUUUCUCCUCCACUUACCUCAAACUGGCAGUUGCACUGAACGAACACCAUGAUGCUAUAACGGGCACUGAGAGACAAACUGUGGCUGAUGACUAUGCUAAGAGGCUUCAUGUUGGACAAACCCAGUGCCAAGGUUUGAUGAAUGAUGGAUUGAGAUUGUACCUAUCACAUUUUAAGAAUGGCACCUCGCCAGUGUUUAAGUUCUGUGAGUACCUCAAUAUAUCAGUGUGUCCACCCACAGAGACCAAUAAUUUCUCUGUGAUGGUUCACAACCCAAUCGGCAGAGCUUCAACUGAAGUGUUGAGCUUUCCAGUCUUUGGUACAGAUUUUGAGGUUUUAGACUCUUCAGCACACCCAAUCCCUUCACAGGUACUACCACCACUUUACAAUCCUGUAUUGCAAUAUUAUUAGAGUCGUUGUUGUGUUUACAGGUGGUUCCAGUUUCCUCUGCAACCAAAAGUGUCCGCCGCUAUCGUGGUAACGCCACACAUAACCUGGUCUGGUCUGCCAAUCUCCCUGGCCUCGGUGGAGCAGUGUUCUUCAUUCAACCUAAACACAGCCGAGGAAAGUAUGCCUCGGAACUGAGUAAAGUGUUUGUACCGCCCAAGUUAGAUGAUUUCAGCAUUGAAAACCAGGCUUUAAAACUGACCUUUAGUGGCCUGACUGGCCGACUGAAGACAAUGUUCAACAAACAUAGCAACAUCACUGUUGCAGUGGACCAGAAUCUCUUGUGGUGGAGGGCCAAGUCCGGGAACUUUUCUGUUCAGCCAUCUGGGGCUUACAUCUUUAGCCCAGAUGGUAUUCUCCCUCACACUAUAUCCCCACUGAGCCUUGUGAAUACUUCGAUUGUGAAUGGUUCACUGGUUCAAGAGGUACGACAGCAGUGGAGUUCGUGGGCCUAUCAGACAGUGAAACUCUACAGCAAUUUACCAAUUGCAAUAUUUGAAUACACUAUUGGACCCAUACCUUAUGAGGACAAGGUGGGAAAGGAAGUAGUGAGUCGUUUUACGACUGAUCUCAAAUCUAAUGCCACAUGGUACACCGAUUCUAAUGGCAGAGAAAUGCAAAAGAGAAUACGGAAUUACAGACCAACCUGGAAGUGGUACGACAGUGAACCAGUGGCUGGGAACUACUACCCAGUCCCUAGCAGGAUCUACAUACGAGAUGAGGAUCAUGGGGUACAGUUGACUGUGCUAACAGACAGGGCUCAGGGAGGGUCUUCACUCAAAGAUGGUGAACUUGAGCUUAUGGUCCACCGAAGAUUGUUUGAUGAUGAUGGGAAGGGAUUGGACGAGGCUCUCAAUGAGCCAGGGCAGUUUGGUGACGGUCUCAUUGUUCGUGGCUCUCACUAUGUCAUUCUGGACAACUUCAACAACUCCACUCUAUGCCACAGGCUCUUGGGUGAAAAACUCCUGCUGAAAUCCCAGCCCUUCAUAUCUACAUUCCCUGUGAGUCCUAGUGAAUGGAUGGCCAAGUUUCCAACCCAGUACUCUGGACUGGCGAGAGACCUCCCACCUAAUGUCCACCUCCUGACACUGGAGAGACUAGACCACACCCACCAUCUCCUGAGACUGGAGCAUCAGUUCCAGAGCAACGAACAACCUUACAAUAACACUGUCACUGUCCAGUUAGCUGAUCUGUUCACGACAAUGAAGGUGGUAGAUGUGGUUGAGUUGGGACUGGGAGCUAAUGCUGCUCUCUCUGACAUACACCGUCUUCACUGGAACACUGAAUCACACGGAGCUAAAGGAAGGUACCAAUCAGCAGAAGCUAAGAUGAAGUCACCCUUCAUUGUGGAACUGAAGCCAAUGGAGAUACAUACUUUUAACAUAACAGUUGAGUAUACAAUAUAGUAUUUAUUCCCUUACCAUGCCAUUGAAAAUCAAUUAUGCUAAAGUUUGAAGAUUUAUAAUGAUAACACUUUGGG